AUGGCUGAACGUGUACCGUUCAAUAUCGCGGAGGAAAUAGUAAAGAAAUUGGGUCCCUUAGCUGCCCAGGAGAUUGCAAUUUGGUGGGGACUCAAGGGUCAGCUAAGCAAGCUCAAUAGCACGGUUACCAGAAUUAAGGCUGUGCUCCUCGAUGCUGAGGAGCGGGUGCAGAAACCACACCAUCAACUUGAAGACUGGUUCGCAAAGCUGCAGUAA